GAAGCGAUUAUUUUGCAGUUAUCGGAAUCAGUGCAAUUACUCAGUACUUCGCUGUUGGUUCUCUGCGCCGUUUUCCAGGUUCAAUCCUGUCCAUCACUGCCAGGACCUAGAGGAGCAGAUGGAAAAGAUGGAAGUAAGGGACCGCCGGGACCACAAGGACCUCGAGGACCUCAAGGAGCAAUGGGAGAUGCUGGAGUGCAAGGGUAUCCAGGAGCAAAAGGUAUACAUGGGCCUCGAGGACAGCAGGGACCGCCAGGUCAGCAAGGAGUGAAGGGAGAUAGAGGACCACCAGGAGCAGCAGCAGGAUGA